AUGCCUCAAAAAUCAUCUCAGCCUGCUCCCAAAGGAGCGCCGAAAGAGCCACCUAAACGGCGUGCUUCGGCUAGGUUGUCCACGUCCGACGUUAAAAGAAUCAAAUCCAAUUCCGCUGUGUCGGGCCCUAUGAGAUCCACAAGCCAGCGGAGUAAGUACUUUGAAUCUGAAAGCUCCGCUGAGCCAGGUGUUCAUAGCGACAGUGGGGAUUCCGCCUCCGCUUAUGGGCAAUCCUCAACGGACCAGGAUUCGGAUUCCGAACCAGAACCACAGGCAUCUUCCGAAGAGCCAGAGGAACAGAAGACUACUAGUAGCAGCAGACAAAGUGGGGCUAAUACUGGUAUUGGGAAGCCAAUGUCAGCUGCAAAUCCACUGAAGGGCGAAGAGGCCUGGCGUGAAGGUGUUCGCACGGGCUUAGAGCCCGGUGUAGAAGUUUUCAUCGAGAAGCCUAAGGCGCGAGAGGCUGGGAAUGUAACAUACCAGGACAAGACCUUGCAUCCCAACACCAAGCUGUUCCUUCUGGACUUAGCCGAUAACAACGAACGAGAGUGGCUCAAAGCGCAUGAUCCCGAUUUCCGCGCGGCAAAGAAGGAUUUUGAGACGUUCAUCGAUACCUUGACUCCGGAAGUUAUCCGCAAAGAUGACACUAUCCCUGAGCUUCCCUCGAAGGAUUUGAUAUUUCGCAUUCACAGGGAUGUUCGGUUCAGCAAGAAUCCUGUCCCAUACAAGAUUCAUUUCUCAGCUGCGUGGUCUCGCACGGGCAAAAAAGGCCCUUACGCUGCGUAUUAUGUCCACUUCCAACCUGGCUCGUGUUUUGUCGGUGGGUUUCUUGUCCAACGCCCCAGUUUCAAUAUCAAUUAUGUUCCACACUCUCCCAAUUCAUGCCCACUUGCUCAUCUUUCCACUUUGUGUAUAGGUUGUGGCCUAUGGAAUCCAGAGGCCGAUGCUCUCGCAGCACUUCGAGAAGAUAUCGACGAGAAUUCCGAUCAAUGGAAGGAGAUUCUCGGAGCUGAAGAUAUGCGCCGAGAAAUUCUAGGCGGAGUGGCAGAUGACCAAAAAAAGGUGGUAAAGGCAUUUGCCCACCAGAACCGGAAUUCUGCACUCAAGACGAAACCCAAGGGCUAUGAAAUUGACAACAAGAAUAUUGAAUUGCUACGCCUUCGCAGUUUCACGCUUGGAUGCAAUCUUCCAGAUGAGGAAAUCAUGGAAAAGGGAGCGCAGGACCGGAUCGCCACGCUUAUUGAAAUCAUGGAGCCCUUCGUGACGUAUCUCAACAGUGUUGUGAUGCCUGAUCCGUAG